GCAGCUGAUUGACGGACAAGCUGAGCUGUGACCCAGCACGUUAAUGAGAAGCAGGGAGAAGGCGCUGGCAGGGGAUGCAGAGGGAAUGGGCUGGGGAUGCCCGUAGGGACCUCGGCCAGUUCAGAUGAAGCUCUUCAGACAGGCGCAGCUGAAGGGGGGCCAGGACCCGGACAAAAGGCAGCGUGGGCUGAACACGAAACCUCUUUAAUCCGACCUCUCUGCAGCUCUGUUCCCUGCACUGCAGCAGCGCCCACAAUGCCCGGGGCUACGAUCAUCCCCACGAGCAUCUUCCCAGCAGGACCCACGCUUGGGAGAGUUUAGGCUUUAAGGGCUCGCUAGGCUGCCCCCCCGCCCCCCCCAGGCAGGGCAAUGGAUGAAUUUUAGUCGGUGAUUUGGUUGUUUUCUGGGUGCCCCCCGGACUUUCCCUGCCCCGCUCCCUUUGUGCGGGGAGAAAGUUCCUUGUUUCAAAGGACAAAACUUGCUGCUGCUGCUGCAGGGACGUGUCUCUGCCCCCUGCAGACGAGCCCGGGGACGCUUUGUUUUCUGGUCUUCUCCAGCAAGUGGGUGCCUCUGCCCCACAGACUCUGGGAAACAGGAUCUUCCUCGCCCACCCUGGCGGGUUACAAUGGGGGGACUAGGCUAGCCUGAUGGUUUCUCAGGGCCAUAGUGAUGGCUGAAGUUGGUCUCUGGGAGCCCGCUGCAGGCUCAUACUCCCUUCCUAGAGUGAUGUGGAGCCAGUGAGUCAACCCCUGUCUGGGUCCUCUGCCUUUGCUGGGGCCUGUGCUGAGGCCAGCAGGAUGGGGAGCAGUGGCUCGGCACUGAAGGUCUGUACAGAUCACCGAGGAGGCAUCAACUGGCUCAGUCUGAGCCCAGACGGGCAGCACCUGCUGACGGGCAGUGAAGAUGGCACUGCACGUCUCUGGAGCACUUCAGAUAGCCAGUGCCAUGGCCAUUUCCAAGGACAUGAAAGCUACAUCACCUUUUGCCACUUAGAAAAUGAGGUUGCAUUCACAUGUAGUGCAGAUCACACAAUUAGAAAGUGGGACGUGAUGACAGGCCAGUGUCUGGCCAUUUACCGAGGGCACACAUCAAUUGUCAACAGGAUCCUGGUUGCCAAAGACUAUCUAUUUAGCGGCUCCUAUGACAGGACAGCUCGGUGCUGGAGUGUGGAGAAGGAGAAACAAAUCCAGGAAUUCCGGGGCCAUCGGAACUGUGUUCUGACUUUGGCUCACUACUCCUCCCGGGAUGUUCUUGAUGAGUCAGAGGAGGAGCAGCAGAAACUGAACAGAGACUUCCUGGUGACAGGAAGCACAGACUGCACUGUUAAGGUCUGGUGGGUGUCGAGUGGGCGUUGCUACCAGACUCUGCUAGGGCACACGGGGGCUGUUUUAUGCCUUAUACUUGAUGCUCCAAACAGGGAGUUAUUUUCUGGCAGCACAGAUUAUACCAUCCGAACAUGGAAUAUUGUGACCGGCGAGCAGUUAAAAGUGUUCAAAGAGCAUCAAGGAUCGGUUAUCUGUCUAGAGCUGGUGAAUCGAUACUUGUAUUCAGGAAGUGCAGACAAGACGGUGAAGUGCUGGUUAGCAGACACUGGGGAGCAAGUCCAAACAUACAAGACUCACAAACACAGCGUUAGCACUUUGAAAUACCAUGCAGGAAUCUUGUUUACAGGAAGUGGUGAUGCCUGCGCUCGAGCUUUCAAUUCAAAGACAGGCGUCCUGCAGAGGAUCUUCCGAGGACACAAGUUCAUCAUCAACUGCAUUCAGAUUCACAAUGAAUUAUUGUACACAGCUUCCCACGAUGGCACACUAAGGAUCUGGGACGUACAAGGAAUCUGCAAGCGAAACAAGCAUCGCCUGAAGAAGGAGCGAUCUGUCCCGGGCAAGAGCUCUCAGAAGGGAAGUCUGUCUCGUCUUUUCAAUAACAGAGUUGGCUGCACAGUGCAAGAGGAGAAUGGGGAACUUGAGGCUGUUGAACUAAUGUGAUUGCCUGGGACAAACUGUCUGUCAAAGAGGAAAAACUGAGCCAUCUUCUGUGCCCUUGGGUGCAGAUAAGCCAAACCUUGGGAAGAGGUGGGAAAUUACAUUGCUCAAAAUUCCCAGUCAUGUGACUCAUGAAACUGCCUCUCUUCAGAAUAUUACUGAUGUCUCACAGCAUCUCAUAGUACAUUGUAAUGCAAAGGAAACUUGUGUGGAUGACUUACAGACCAGGGCAAUAUGGGGUCAGGCGCCAUUGUGGAGAGCAGUCCAUGAAAUAUGCCUUCCCCUAUAUUUUUGUUUGUAAUUGUCAUUUGUAUUUAAGAUUCCUCUUCCUAGUUCCUUCCUGUACAGUGGUAUUUGACCCCACUGCUGCCUCACGCCGGUCCCUGACAGGAGGAGAGGCAGGAAUAAGUAAUGAACCAAUAGGCUCCCUCCCCUUCUUAUUGCCUCUUACAACACACUGCGAUGGAGCAGAAUGUGCAAGCGAAAGCUGCCUUGCAGGAUGACUCUGAAUUGAAUUUUCUCAGCUCCCUUUGGGGUUGUAAUGUCCUUGCCUCUCACUGAUCUGAAUGACUUUAAUGUAGGAGAGUUUGGCUGAGGCACACAGAUGCCUGAAGACUCUCUGGUGCUUGAGCUUAGAGCACCAGAACAGAGAUUUAAAUGGGCUUUGAAAAAACCCCAACAAAUGACCAACCUGAACUUCAGGCCUGUUCCUCCCCAUACAGCGUGAGUGGGAGAGCAGGAUGGCAGAGAGUUCCCCUGGGGAGGUCGGGAGGUGGGGGCGGGGGCUUUGUUUCUUUGUUGUGGGACAACAGGCUUCAUGUAAGGAUGCUGGUUCUGAAGGAUGUGAUCGAGGGGAGUUGAGUGAAUGCAGCCACCCAAUAUCUCUCUGGCUUCAC